AUGAGCGGGAGCAAUUUGGAGACGCGGUCGUUGAUCGACGAGCUGAGGAGCUUUGACAGUGGCGGCUUCUUCGACCUCGGUCACCCUCUCCUCAACCGCAUCGCUGAAAGCUUCAUCAAAGCUGCUGGGAUUGGGGCUGUUCAAGCUGUGUCGCGCGAGGCUUAUUUCACUGCUGUGGAAAGUGCAAGUGGAGAUACAGGAGGUACCAUUGCCCCUGAGAUUGGCGCCUCCAAGAAGCGUCAUCAGUUUCCGGACCUUAGAGGAGAAAAUAACCGGAAGUCGGUGGAAGCCCUGGUUAUGAGUACUGGAAAAGAAUCCAUGCAAUGGGUAACAGGGGCAGCCCUGGCAUUGACCACAGAGGAUCACUCCCAUGAACAAAUUGUGCAGUGCGCUAUAACCGGGGCUGCCAUAUCUACUGCUGCUAAUCUUCUUACCGGCAUUUUUUAG